AGACAAAAUGAUAGGUGCUGGCCCGAAGUUGGCAUGGGUGUCGAAUGAUGGGUAAAAAAGUGGAUUCGCCAUAAGAUGUUAAGUUGCGAUAGUUCAUGGGGGUGGAUUAUGCGUCAGUGCACUGUCCACGAUUGUAUAUGCAGACUAUCGUGAGCUCAUUGUGGAUGGGCACGAAAUUAGGGAAGAACUGGCCAUGUCCAAAAGGCUGUUGUUGGCUCUGUCCGCUGCAAGCAGCCCAGAGGUUGUGUGAUAUACUUCAUGCGCCGCGCGGUAGCCUGCUAGCGCUGCUGAGCCACCAAAGACUACCUGGGUUCCCGCAUGUUGUCGAAUUGGACGGUUCACUGCUUGCGUGCCUGCCGUUACUAUGCGCUGUUGCCCCGUUCAGUGCGGCUCUGUUGCUUCACCUCGUCGUUGCUCCACGCAACCGCUCAGGUAGAGUCUUCUAUGACAAAAACCGCGCGCUCAUCGACAUGACCUCUUUUCUUAACCUUCUCUGCAUCUUCAAUUCGCAUCGAAUUCCAUGGCUCUCAGCCGCCAAAACUUUGCGACUCUCCUUGCAGAGGCACGUGGAAAGCCGUCUUCGACAUUGUCGUUGGACGCGCCUGCCAAGGAGGCUAGUCCUCUUCCAGAUCAGCAGCCGCAACCCGCAAUAAGUUCGGCAGACCCAGCUUUGACAACAACGACUUCGACUUCGGACACUUCGCAACCACAACCACCCGAAAUGUCUGCGAAACGAAGCUCGACGUAUAAGCACGGUCAGCCGGGGCGCGAGUACGAUGAGGAGCGCCCCG